CAGCUGCUGUUGCUCCCGCGUCUCCCCCUCGGACUCGUCUGCCCAAGACUGCCCCUAGGCUUCGGCCGGGCGACGAGGACCCUGAGAGCAUCUGCUCGGACGGCCCCCGAGUUUGUUCGGUUCGCCGGCUUCGACCUCGGCCCGGCUCCGUUCCUCCGGCGCGUGAGGGGCCUCGGCGUUUGUGGCGGCGGCACCCGGCAUGUAUCAGAGCCCGCGGCGGCUCUGCUCCGCCCUGCUGCAGAGAGACGCGUCCGGCCUGCGCCGCCUGACCACCCCCGGGCUGCGCCGCCAGUCGCCUCCGCCCGCGGCCGCCCCCCGGCCCGCGUCCCCCAGGCUCCUGGCGGCGGCCUCAGCGGCGUCGGGCGCCGCGAGGUCGUGUUCCCGAACAGUGUGUUCCAUGGGAAACGGUACGAGCAGACUCUAUAGUGCUCUCGCCAAGGCACUGAACAGCAGUGCUGCCUCCCAGCACCCAGAAUAUUUGGUGUCACCUGACCCAGAACAUCUGGAGCCCAUUGAUCCUAAAGAACUCCUCGAGGAAUGCAGGGCUGUCCUGCACACUCGACCUCCCCGGUUCCAGAGGGAUUUUGUGGAUCUGAGGACAGAUUGCCCCAGUAGCCACCCACCUAUUCGAGUCAUGCAGUGGAACAUCCUCGCCCAAGCUCUUGGAGAAGGAAAAGACAACUUUGUACAAUGCCCUGUGGAAGCACUCAAGUGGGAAGAAAGGAAAUGUCUCAUCCUAGAAGAAAUCCUAGCCUACCAGCCUGAUAUAUUGUGCCUCCAAGAGGUGGACCACUAUUUUGACACCUUCCAACCACUCCUCAGUAGAUUGGGCUAUCAAGGCACGUUUUUCCCAAAGCCCUGGUCACCUUGUCUAGAUGUAGAACACAACAAUGGACCAGAUGGCUGUGCCUUGUUUUUCCUCCAAAACCGAUUCAAGCUAGUCAACAGUGCCAAUAUUAGGCUGACGGCCAUGACAUUGAAAACCAAUCAGGUGGCCAUUGCACAAACUCUAGAAUGCAAGGAGUCCAGUCGACAGUUCUGUAUUGCUGUCACCCACUUAAAAGCACGUACUGGUUGGGAACGAUUUCGCUCAGCUCAAGGCUGUGACCUCCUCCAGAACCUGCAGAACAUCACCCAAGGAGCUAAGAUUCCCCUUAUUGUUUGUGGGGACUUCAAUGCAGAGCCAACAGAGGAGGUCUACAAACACUUUGCUUCCUCCAGCCUCAACCUGAAUAGUGCCUACAAGCUGCUGAGCGCUGAUGGGCAGUCAGAACCUCCAUAUACUACCUGGAAGAUCCGGACCUCAGGGGAGUGCCGGCAUACACUGGAUUAUAUCUGGUAUUCUAAACAUGCUCUAAGUGUGAGGUCAGCUCUUGAUUUGCUCACUGAAGAACAGAUUGGACCCAACCGGCUACCAUCUUUUAAUUAUCCUUCAGACCACCUAUCUCUAGUGUGUGACUUCAGCUUUAAUGAGGAACCUGAUGGACUUUUAUAAAUGCUUGUCUUUGUAAUCACAAGAGUCUUAACCAGGGAUGUUUCAGGAAACUAAAAUAGGAUAAGAAGUUGCCUGAGGAAGGAUUCCCAGUUUCUUUUAUGUCAUUUUCCAUGUUUCCAGCAUGCCCUUGGGAAGGAAUCCCAUUAAUCCACAAACCUUUUCCAUUAAAACCUACAGCAAAGAAGGUGUUUGCACUCCAGUUUUGGCUUGUAUUAUUUUCUUUCCCUUAGCAUUACAUUUGGAUCAUUUAAGGGCAUUAAAAAUGAGGCUUGUUUUGUAGCUUUUUCACUUUAAGGAUGCUAUAUAAAAAUAGACUUGCUUGAGUCCUCCAUAAUUAACAAUAAGUAUACAGGAGCAAUUUCUCUAGAUAGCAUUUCAAGUUAUUUAUUUGUGGUUUUUAAAAUGUCAGCAAGAUAUGCA